UUCCUCCCAAUCUUUCGUAGUUUUUGAGUUGAUUGAGAGCUUCAAGUAAAAUAGAGAACCAAAGUUCACACUUUUUUUUUUCUCUCAACAAAAAGACAUCUAAAAAAGAGAGAAAUGGAUGGAAAGAGGAAAACAUGUGUAGCAGUUUUAGUAAUACAAGCCAUAUAUACAGGGAUGUUCUUGCUUUCGAAAGUUGCGUUUGAUGUUGGUAUGAACCCUUUUGUUUUUGUCUUCUAUAGACAAGCUGCUGCUGCUGUCUUCUUAGCUCCCAUAGCCAUGUUCCUUGAAAGGAAAACAGCACCACCAAUGUCAUUCUUGAUAUGCUUCAAGAUUUUCAUGCUCUCUCUAUGUGGGGUUACAUUGAGCUUGAAUAUUUAUGGAGUGGCACUUAAAUACACUUCUGCAACUUUGGCUGCUGCAGCUACUAACAGCCUUCCAGUUACUACAUUUAUCCUUGCAGUUCUUCUCAGAAUGGAGACAGCCAAAAUAAGGACAGGGGCAGGAAUUGCAAAGGUUAUGGGGAUAGUGUUUUGUGCAGGAGGAGCUUCAACCAUAGCAUUCUUUAAGGGACCAACUGUGAAACUUCUGAUGCAUCAUCAUCUAUUUAGCUAUCAUGGCCAAGUCCAAAACGCUGCUGCUUCUAACAAUUGGGUCAAGGGUGUCUUCCUUUUGUUGCUUGCUAAUGCAUUAUGGGCUACAUGGCUUGUCAUGCAGAACCGAGUUCUCAAGAGUUACCCAUCAAAGCUACUAUGUACAACUCUACAAUGCUUCAUGAGCACAAUUCAAUCUUUUGUUUUUGCCAUAGCUGUAGCAAGAGAUCCUUCUGAGUGGAGGCUUGGAUGGAAUGUUAGACUCCUCUCUGUUGCCUACUGUGGAAUAGUGGUGACUGGAGUUACAUUUUACUUACAAGCAUGGGUUGUUGAGAAGAAAGGACCAGUGUACAUGGCCAUGACAACACCCUUGGCCUUAAUCUUUACAAUUGCUUCCUCUGCUGUGCUUUUUGGAGAGAUCCUUAGUUUGGGAAGCAUUUUAGGAGCGAUUUUGCUUGUUAGUGGCUUAUACAGCGUACUAUGGGGAAAAUCUAACGAACAAAAGAUCGAAGCUUCAACUACUGGAGAUGUCGAAAAAGCAGAUAAUCAUGAAUCAAAAGAAGAAUCAAUCGUGGAGAAACAAUCCUCAACACCAAAUGCUCGAAUCCAACAUGCUUGUUCUCCAGCUUAAUUAAUUACUAAUUAGAGGGUUCGGUGACCAAAAAAAUUAUGCAUGUUCAAUAAUUUGUUAUUAUUCGUAUAAAAAAAAUUAUUGUUUGUACCAUAUGUGUACAAUUAGCAUAGUAUAGUUUUUAGCUAUAGAUUUCCUAAUUGAAUUUUAUGUUGUAUCGUGGGAACUAGUUAUUAUUAUUAAUGUGACUAAUAAUAAAGGGGAGAGAAUCUAGCGGAUGAAAAUCAAGCAAAUAUAACAGUGUCCAACAAGAUCCUUGUUGCUCCCAAAUGCACACGCAAGUAUAUGCGGUCGUACAAGUAAUAUAGGAUUUCAAAGUCCAAAUAUCGUACCCACAGAGACUUAGCUUCAGGGGCAGAGUCAGAACAUUUGAUAAGGGGGUUCAAGAAAAAGGGACUGGAUGAAAAAUGUUAAAAAGUGUUGUUACAGAGAAUCAAACCCACAACCAUGGGCUCAAUAAUAGGCACCUCAGCCGCUGGGCUGAGUUCUCCAACAUGUUAUGGGGAUGCAACAUUAAUAUUUAUACAUG